UGUUAAAAAUCCUAAUAUUCUAAUCCAUAUUUCUUCAUUUUGUCUAUAUCUAUGAUCAUCAAUUAACCUCAUUGAAUCCUUAUAUGAUUCCAGUUCCAAAGAGUUCAAAAAAUAUGUUAUCAGUUACUAUUACUGAGUUGUUGAAUUUAUAUAGAAAUUGAGUUGAUUCAGGGUACAAUGAGAAAUCAUGGAAAAAUGUUCAAUUUCGUUCGGAAAAAAUCUACCUGGAUUAAACCUCAAGGAUUCAAUACAGGCAUUAACAUAUAUAAUUGUAUUGCUAAAGAAAAAGUACCCUUAAUAACAAAACAAAAGGGAAUUCUUACUUGGUACACUUGUGGGCCAACUGUAUAUGAUGAUGCUCAUAUUGGUCAUGCUAGUUGUUACCUGAAGAUUGAUAUUCUACAACGAAUUAUGUCUAGGUAUUUCAAUUUUAAUAUAGUAACGGCUAUGAAUAUAACAGAUAUUGAUGACAAAAUAAUUAAGAGGUCAAAAGAGUUAGGUAAGCCAUAUGACAAGAUUUCUGCAUUUUAUGAAGAUAGAUUCUGGGCUGAUUUAGAUAAAUUCAAUAUAAGUAAACCAAAUAUUGUUUUGAAAGUUACUGAAAAUAUAGGUGAUAUAAAAGAAUUUAUUGAUAGACUAGUGAAAAAUGAUUUGGCAUAUGAAAAGGACGGAUCAGUUCUAUUUAAUAUUAAAGGAUAUACUAAUUAUGGAAAACUUGUGAAUUUGCAAAAGAAUGAAGAAAAUGAAAAUCAAGAGUUGUCAGAUUGUGUUUUAUGGAAAAAAAACAAAUCUGAAGAACCUUUUUGGGAGAGCCCUUGGGGUAACGGAAGGCCUGGGUGGCAUGUUGAAUGUUCUGUAUUAGCCAGCAAAUUGUUUGGUUCUUCUAUUGAUAUACAUGCUGGUGGAAUGGAUUUAAAAUUUCCACAUCAUGAAAAUGAAGAAGCUCACUCUUGUGCUUAUCAUUCAUGCUCCCAAUGGGUGAAUUAUUGGAUGCAUAUUGGGCAGUUGUAUUGUAAAUCUUCUAAUAAAAUGAGUAAAUCACUUAAAAAUACGAUAAGCGUAAAUACGUUAUUAGAUUAUAUAGAGCCUGAUGAAUUCAGAAUGGCAUGCUUGAUGUCCCAUUAUAGAAGUAGAAUGGAAUAUAGCGAUGAGAUGUUAAAAAUGGCCAAGACUAUACUGAAGAAGUAUAAAUAUUUCUUGAAAAAUUGCGAUAAUUAUUGUAUAACUAACAAAGAUGUGAUAGUAGAUGAUGAAAGUGUUAAAUAUCUCUUGUUAGAAAGUAAGGAAAAUGUUCAUGAAGCUCUUUGUGAUGAUUUCAAUACUCCAGAAGUUAUCAACACUCUAAAUAAAAUAAUAAAAAUUACUAAUCCAUUACUAAGCACCAAAAAUGUUUCCAUAUCUACAGUUAUAGGAUUGAGAAAUUUUGUUUGUCAAAUAUUAGAAUUAUUCAAAAUAUAUGAAAUGGAGACACCGAAAACUUCAAAUGAAAACAACAAUGAAGAAAUGAUCGAAAUAUUGAAAAAUUUUAGACAAAAUAUACGAAAAAUUGGAAUUACUACAAAAAAUAAUGAGAUAUUAAAUUAUUGUGACGAAGUAAGAGAUUUGUUGAGGAGUAAGGGAAUAGAUAUCAAUGAUGAGAGCCAAAAAAAAAUUAUGAUGAAAUAAAACCUUUUUUAAAUGCAA